AUGUGCUGCUUGGGCGCUGUGCUCAAGCACCUCCAGGAACAAGCUGGCCACACGAGUGACCUGCUGUAUGCGGACGCAGGACCAACCAUCUUCUUCAUGGACUCUGUGUACCACUGGUUCAUUUUGCAUGAUACCAGUAACUGCACACAACACAUACACCAACGCUACCCAGAUGUGCGCCAGUAUGAUCACCCAGACGACCCUCGUCUGGAGUGGCUCGAGUUUUCAUUCCCAGCCUAUCUCGAGCAGAUCAAUAGCACGGCAAGCCCAUCACAGUUCCUGACGACAGAAACCUACGAAGCGCUUCUCUUGACAACAUACUCGACAGUUGCAUGUGUACAACACCUUCUCACCAUGGAAGGGUUUGGAUUUGUACUGACCAGGAAGUUCAGUAGCGACGCCAUUGAGUCCCUGUUUGGCUCAUUGAGACGAUCUCAAGGGUGCAAUGACCAGCUUAGCGUUUGGGAUGCAAUCUCAGGAAUUGAAAAGAUCCUGAAAACUGGUCUCAUCACAGCUUCCCAGCAGAGCAAUGUGUCACAUGCUGCCUCAACCUCAUCGGGUACGACUUCAGCAAUUCGGUGCAUACCACCAACAGUGUCAGCUGCCACGCCAUUCCAACUUCCACAGAGUGCAGCGGAAAUCUUAGAAAAGCUGUCAGAUCCCAAUGUACAAUACCUGCCAAGCCUCGAGCUGUCGGCGACAGUGCACGUUGGGGGCUACAUUGCCCGUCUUGUACAAGAACACUUUUUAUGCUUCUUCUGCAUACCCCUUCUUACAAAGCCGAAGACAAACAGUGCCUUGCAAGGGAUCACAAACCACCUGGACCGGGGAGGCCUUUUGUAUCCCUCAGAUGAACUCGCCCACCUUCUCAAUGUCCUCAGGAUGUUUGCAGGGGAUGUGUUGUCGUACAACCUCAGGAAUUGCCAGCCCCUCGAAACUCUUGUGAAGUUUGCACUGCCAGCAGUGUAUGACUCUCCUUUGCUGCUCUGCCCAACGAACAACAAAGCUCAUCGCCGUGAACUGAUCCAUCUUGUCUGCAAAAAGUUCUUCAGACCGCUCCUUGUCAACUAUGCCUUCUGUCACACAGACAGGAACAAUAGAUUUAAGAUGUUUGCACGAAAGCCUCUAUCUCCAAAGUUUCAGAAGGUGAGGUAG